CGCAUGCUUUUCUCCCGAUACCUGGUUCUCGUUAAUGUCAGGGGAUUGCAUGUGAAUUGAGCGAUCCGCGCUCGGCUAACGCAAAGAAGCAGUCCUCCCGCGGUCAGAUAUUGCUCCCCGUACAUUUUCCCCGGGCCUCGGUGCACUCGGUGGGACGGCCCAGAUGGACAGCGUAAUUCCACCAUUGACGCUGCUCUACACCCCGCAGCCGCGAUGCAUGGCAUCAUAGCUUGACAUUAGUUUACCGCUCGUAAUAUGUGCGAGCCAGGGUUGCGGUUCCUGUGUGCUCUUCAUACAUAAGUUACAACCAUGUCCGAACAAAUGGCGGCAGCGCUUAUUGGCUUUCGACAUCCCCAAUUUCGACGACAAUGUGGGCUCUACGUGGACUUUCGUGGCUGUCAAUUCUGUCAACUUUGACUACUCUUUCUGAUGGCGUUGGAGUCAAUGCUCAAAACCAUUCCAUCCCAAGUCAAUGGCCGCUUCACGACAACGGCUUGAACAACGUCGUCCAAUGGGAUCACUACAGCUUCAAGGUCAACGGAAAGAGGCUGUUCGUAUUCAGUGGAGAGAUCCAUUAUUGGAGAAUAGCGAGCCCUCACGUGUGGGAAGACCUGUUGGACAAGAUCAAGGCGGCAGGCUUUACCGCAUUUGCCUUCUACGGAAAUUGGGGGUACCACAGCGCGAACAAUGAAACGCUUGACUUUACGACCGGCGCUCACGACUUCACUAAACUCUUUGAAAUUGCGCACAGAGUAGGUCUGUACGUCAUUACAAGGCCUGGGCCGUACGUCAACGCUGAGGCGAACGCUGGAGGCUUCCCGCUUUGGCUCACGACAGGAGCAUACGGCAAGCUACGUGACGAUGAUCCACGGUAUCUCAAGGCGCUAGACCCCUACUUCGCCAAGUUUUCGGAGCUUACAAGCAAACAUCUCGUCACGAACGGGGGAAAUGUGUUGGUCUACCAGAUCGAGAAUGAGUACGGCGAGCAAUGGAAGGACAAAGCCAAGAAGAUACCUAAUGAUGCUGCCGGACGAUACAUGGCGGCUCUGGAAGAUUCAGCGCGCGCGAACGGCAUUGACGUGCCUUUGAUUCACAACGACCCGAAUAUGAACACCAAGAGCUGGUCCAAGGACUUCGCCCCAGGUGCUGUCGGUAACGUUGAUGUUGCGGGCUUGGAUAGCUAUCCAUCCUGCUGGUCAUGCAAUCUCGACGAGUGCACUGGAACCAACGGAAAGUAUGUCGCAUAUCAGGUUAUCGACUACUAUGACCACUUUACGGAGGUUUCGCCCACCCAGCCCAGCUUCUUCCCAGAGUUUCAAGGCGGAUCGUACAAUCCGUGGGGUGGCCCCGAGGGUGGUUGCCCCGGCGAUAUUGGGGCCGAUUUUGCGAAUCUGUUCUAUCGCAAUCUCAUCUCACAACGCGUAACGGCGGUUAGUCUAUACAUGGUGUUUGGUGGCACCAACUGGGGUGCUUUGGCAGCUCCAGUGACAGCAACAUCAUACGACUAUAGCAGCCCAAUCAGCGAGAACCGCAAGAUUGACAGCAAGUACUACGAGACGAAGAAUUUGGCCUUGUUCACUCGUGUAGCAGACGAUUUGACUGUGACCGACCGCAUCGGAAACUCGAGCUCUUACUCCACGAACUCGGCUGUCGCAGCUAGCGAGCUGCGCAAUCCUUUGACCAAAGCGGCUUUCUACGUUACGAUCCACUCGUACUCGCCCUCGGCUACCAAAGAAUCGUUCAAGCUGCAUGUUAGCACAUCGAUUGGCAACCUGACUAUCCCUCAAUAUGCCGGUUCGAUCGUUCUAAAUGGCCACCAAUCUAAGAUCCUCGUGACAGACUUCGCCAUUGGCAAUCAUACACUCACUUACUCGACAGCCGAGGUCCUAACAUAUGCCCUGAUUGACGGCAAACCUGUGGUAGUAUUGUCAACUGGGGUUGGAGAGUCUGUUGAGUUCCACGUCAAAGGCGCUAAGAGGGGUUCGUUGAUCAGCACCAAAACCGGAUCAAAUGCAACUUUCCACUCUGACGCUCACGGCACCACGGCCAACAUUGCGCAAGUAUCUGGAGCAAGCGUAUACCAGUUUCACAAUGGUGUCAAGGUCAUUGUGGUCGACAAGCCUACGGCAUAUCUGUUUUGGGCACCUAAUUUAUCGAACGACCCAUUUGCGCCUGUUGAUCAAUCCGUCCUCGUCCAAGGACCAUAUCUCGUACGCAGUGCGACUCAGGAGGGUGGCAUCUUGGCAAUCAAGGGUGACGUUGCCAACACGACUACAAUCGAAGUUUUCGCAGCCAAUUCCGCAAAGACACUCUCUUGGAAUGGCAAAAAACUCAAGACUUCGCGAACACCGUACGGUAGCCUGAAAGCGACUAUUGCUGCUUUCAAUAGCACCAUUCAGCUCCCCUCAUUGGAGAACUGGAAAGUGCACGACGGACUUCCGGAGAAGCAACUUGAUUACAAUGAUACCGGUGUUGCUUGGGUCAGUGCUAAUCACGUCACGACGUCGAACCCGACCAAGCCCGAUACGCUUCCCGUUCUGUACGUUGACGAGUAUGGCUUCCAUAACAGCUUCCAUCUCUUCCGUGGCUACUUUGCGGGCCCAGCCACAGGCGUGAAGCUUGCCGUGCAGGGUGGCCUUGCUUUUGGAUGGAGCGCUUGGCUCAACGGUGACCUUGUCGGAUCAUUCUUGGGCAAUACGUCCGCAGGAACCGGCAAUCUUACGCUGUCAUUCGCCAAUGCAACCAUCCAUAAGAACAGCACAAACGUUCUGCUUGUCGCCCAAGACAACACGGGCCACGACCUGCGUGCCGACGCUGUCAAGCCGCGCGGAAUUCUCGGUGCAACACUCCAAGGUGCAAACUUCACUUCGUGGAAGAUUGCUGGCGAAGCAAAUGGCGAACGCGCCCAACUUGAUCCCGUCCGCGGCCCGUUGUCGGAAGGUGGACUGGCAGCCGAGCGUCUCGGAUGGCACCUUCCAGGCUUCGACGACUCUGCAUGGAACUCAAGCUCUCCUUCAACCGGCUUUGCAGGAGCUGGUAUCUACUUUUACCGCACCAAUGUUGCACUCGAUAUCCCCGAAGGUGUCGAUGCAUCGUUCGCUUUCGUUCUCAACGCUUCUGGCUCGCAGGCGGUUCGCGCUCAGUUGUUCGUUAAUGGAUACCAGUACGCGCGAUUCAACCCCUUCGUUGGCAAAGAGAAGAAGUUCCCCGUCCCGCCGGGUAUUCUAAACUACGGAGGUCAUAAUGUGAUUGGAUUGAGUGUUUGGGCGCAAUCAGCGGAGGGUGCGAAGGUUGAUGUAGAGCUUGUAACCGAGUAUGCGAUUGAGAGCAGCUGGAAUUCGAGAUUCGAUUCGGAGUACUUGAGGCCGGGGUGGACAAAGGAGAGGUUAGCGUACGCUUAGUCGGCUCACUUCUACAGGAUGAGGAGCCUAGCAGAGAAAAUUAUGAUGAUCAGCUCACUG